AUGGACAUGAUUUCAAAUGUGUCAUCUUUAGGCAACAAUAACAUUACAUUACAUUAUGAAACGAACGCAAACAAUUGGUCUGACUUUUCAAAUGCCUGCACUUCCGAGGAGCUUGAAACAUUUAACCGUGUUUAUUCAAACUCUAUUAACGAUGGAAACUUGAAGAUAUCCUCUAUUUCAACUUCUAAUGCUUUUCGUGUAUCUGACUCGGAAUAUACCGACUGUGUUGAUGAACUGACCCAUCGAAGUGGGAAUAACUUUACAUUCUUUGACAAUAGCAGGAGACCCGAUAAUUAUUUACGAGAGAUGGAUGUGGGUGUUAACUCAACGGAUUCUAGAGUCUUUCUUUUGAAUUCAAUUGUUCCCUCCACCUCAUUUGAGGCCGUUCGUCUUAAUGAUUUUACCGCGUGUUCUUCCCAGUCAGGAGAGUUUCGAGAAUUUAUUCGAGCUUCUCAAGAAGUAAAUCAAAAUAAUGUCUUAGGUCCGGUUGAUAAACGCCGUAAGCAAUCUUUAUUACUCAAUUCUCAAUAUAAUGCUCAAUUUGCUCCUCUUGCAUUCUAUGGAGACUCAUGUUGCAGCAGUGGUAUCAGAAAUUCGAGUUCAGAUGCACAAAUAGCUGGUGGAAGUCUUAAUCGAAUUGUGAUGAAUUCUACUGACACUUCCAGUUUAUCGCCUUCGGACUCUAUUUCAUCCUGCCACAAUCUACAUCCUGUUUAUAUUGAUACUGGCCUG